UUUUUAUAUGUACUUACAAAUGGGCGGAGGUCAUGUAUCUAAUAAAAGCCCAAAAAAUUUGCGCCGCAUUAACGGAUUUCAACUACCCUUAAAUUUUUUGCAACUUUUUGGAUGGAUGAUCUUAAUUGGAACCGGAUUGCUUAGUUUUGUUUUUUUUAUCGACAUACAACCCCAUACGUAUAAAUUAGCGACCUUGACUAUCUAUGCAAUACUAUAUGGUUUGCAUAUUGUAAUUCAUGUUAUUGCUAUAGGACUAGAUCCAUCUGAACAUGAGAUUCGUAAGCGGGAAAUAAGUGAGGUACCUGAAUUUAAUAGAAAUUUACACGCUCAUGUCAUAGAGAAUGGACGGUGCCACAUUUGUAAUAUCUACACAAGUGAUAAGAAGACGAAACAUUGUGGAAUUUGUAAUAAAUGUGUUUAUAAAUUUGAUCAUCAUUGCAAGUGGUUAAAUAAUUGUGUUGGAGGUCGAAACUAUUCGGCCUUCAUUGGGUGUGUCGUCACGGCCUUAUUUAUCUCUGUAUUUACUUUGUCUCUUUGUAUAGUCGAUUUAGUUAUUUUUUAUACUUAUCCCCUUAGCUUUGAGGUGCCAGUUUCAUACUCGAUUAAUUGCACAAAUACAAAUGCUUUUUAUCUACAGAAUUGUAAAGGUUCCAUAUUCUUCGUUUUAUUUUUAAUUGUUUACUUAGUAUGUAGCUUUGUUAUAACAUGUGCGUUGUUGCAUCUUCUGUGUUUUCAUGCGUACAUAACACUUUUGGGUAUAUCAACGUAUGAAUAUAUUAUCAAAAACAAAAGAUCGCCAUUAGAAAUACGAUGUCAACGGAUGACUAAGCAUAAGUGUAUUAGUAACAAGCAAAUAAAUAGAGAGACUGAAUUAAUAAGAAGCGAACCAAAUGUUGCUAACUUGGUUGGAAUAAUAAUUGAUUAUGAAUUAGAAAAAGCAAAAAAACUUUUCAAUUAUGGUAAAAAUAAGGUUCAUCCUAUACAAACUACAGAUAAUGGGCUGGAGAGGUAGUUUGAAAUGCAGACUGGUGAAAGCCCUACUUUAAUCAAAACCUAACAGAAUUAAUAUGUACAAGGCAAAAAUGCUUUAAACUUAGUGGUUUACCCUUUAUUGAUAAUACAAGUAAUUUAGAACAAGAUAAAUAAAAUUAUUAAUUAAAACACCCACAUUUUACCAAAUGCUAUAUAAAUAUUUCUUGAGCGUUAUUUAAUCACGUUUGCGGCGACGUUGUUGCUCCUCCUGUAAUUAAGUAAAUAUUUAUUGUUUGUGAAUGUUAAUGACACAUUAUUUGUAUAUAAUAAAAUAAACUGUUUUCUAUAAGA